GAAUCUUCCGAGCAGCGAUAAUUGUUUCCUUUUUUUUUGGGAUUUUCUUCUUCGAUGGAACAAGCUCAAUUAAUGAGAUGAGAAUGUUCAGCUUGCAGAAGAUGGCUAUGGCUUUGACUGUGUUGGUUUUUGCCUCUUUAUGCUCAUUUGUGUCUCCAGAUGCUCAAGGGGAUGCGCUAUUUGCCUUGAGGAACUCGUUACGUGCAUUGCCCAAUCAGCUAAGUGACUGGAAUAAUAACCAAGUUAAUCCUUGCACUUGGUCCCAAGUUAUUUGUGAUGACAAAAACUUUGUCACUUCUCUUACCUUGUCGGACAUGAACUUCUCGGGAACCUUGUCUUCAGGAAUAGGAAUCCUAGAAAAUCUCAAGACUCUUACUUUAAAGGGUAAUGGAAUCACGGGUGAAAUACCAAAAGACUUUGGAAAUCUGACUAGCUUGACUAGUUUGGAUUUGGAGGACAAUCAGCUAACCGGUCGUAUACCAUCCACUAUUGGUAAUCUCAAGAAACUUCAGUUCUUGACCUUGAGUAGGAACAAACUUAAUGGGACUAUUCCGGAGUCACUCACGGGUUUACCAAACCUGUUAAAUCUGCUGCUUGAUUCCAAUAGGCUCAGUGGUCAGAUUCCUCAAAGUCUGUUUGAGAUUCCAAAAUACAAUUUCACGGCUAACAACUUGACUUGUGGCGGUGGUCAACCUCACCCUUGUGUAUCCGCGGUCGCCCAUUCAGGUGAUUCAAGCAAGCCAAAAACUGGCAUUAUUGCUGGAGUUGUUGCCGGAGUUACAGUUAUUCUCUUUGGAAUCUUGUUGUUUCUGUUCUGCAAGGAUAGGCAUAAAGGAUAUAGACGUGAUGUGUUCGUGGAUGUUGCAGGUGAAGUGGACAGGAGAAUUGCAUUUGGGCAGUUGAAAAGAUUUGCAUGGAGAGAGCUUCAAUUGGCGACAGAUAACUUCAGCGAAAAGAAUGUACUCGGUCAAGGAGGUUUUGGGAAAGUUUACAAAGGAGUGCUUCCGGAUAACACCAAAGUUGCUGUGAAGAGAUUGACGGAUUUUGAAAGUCCUGGUGGAGAUGCUGCUUUCCAGAGGGAAGUAGAGAUGAUAAGUGUAGCUGUUCAUAGGAAUCUACUGCGUCUUAUCGGUUUCUGCACCACUCAAACAGAACGCCUUCUGGUUUAUCCCUUCAUGCAGAAUCUAAGUCUUGCACAUCGUCUCAGAGAGAUUAAAGCGGGCGACCCGGUUCUGGAUUGGGAGACUAGGAAACGGAUUGCCUUAGGAGCAGCGCGUGGUUUUGAGUAUCUUCAUGAACAUUGCAAUCCGAAGAUCAUACAUCGCGAUGUGAAAGCAGCAAACGUGUUACUUGAUGAAGAUUUUGAAGCAGUAGUUGGUGAUUUUGGUUUAGCCAAGUUAGUAGAUGUUAGAAGGACUAAUGUGACAACUCAAGUUCGAGGAACAAUGGGUCAUAUUGCACCAGAAUAUCUAUCAACAGGGAAAUCAUCAGAGCGAACCGAUGUUUUCGGGUAUGGAAUUAUGCUUCUUGAGCUCGUUACAGGACAACGCGCAAUAGACUUUUCGCGUUUGGAAGAAGAAGAUGAUGUCUUGUUACUUGACCACGUGAAGAAACUGGAAAGAGAGAAGAGAUUGGGAGCAAUUGUAGAUAAGAAUUUGGAUGGAGAGUAUAUAAAAGAAGAAGUAGAGAUGAUGAUACAAGUGGCUUUGCUUUGUACACAAGGUUCACCGGAAGACCGACCAGUGAUGUCGGAAGUUGUAAGGAUGUUAGAAGGAGAAGGGCUUGCGGAGAGAUGGGAAGAGUGGCAAAACGUGGAAGUCACGAGACGUCAUGAGUUCGAACGGUUGCAGAGAAGAUUUGAUUGGGGUGAAGAUUCUAUGCAUAACCAAGAUGCUAUUGAAUUAUCAGGUGGAAGAUGACCAAAAACAUCAAAUCUUGAUUUUACUGUAAAGUUGCCAACUUCACUUUUUUGUUCUUCGGUGAAUGAAGAAGUAAAAUCAGGUGUAAAUCUUGUUUUGUUUCACGAUCAUGUAACUUUGACUUGUAUGAAUCCUGUGAAUGAAAAGAACCUUGAUGU